UAUUCGGAGUAUUAUGGUCUGUCGGGAAUUCAGAGUGGAGAAAAAUAUCUGCUCGGCUAGCGUUAGCUGUGCAGCAAGCUAACGGGAGGUCGUUAGUGGAGUAAACAUGGAGCUGUCUGCUGUCGGGGAGAGGGUGUUCGCAGCCGAGUCUAUCAUCAAACGGAGGAUAAGGAAGGGUCGGAUUGAAUACCUUGUAAAAUGGAAGGGCUGGUCUCCCAAAUACAGCACUUGGGAACCAGAGGAAAACAUUCUGGACUCCCGCCUGUUCGUCGCGUUUGAGCAGAGAGAGCGUGAAAGGGAGCUCUAUGGGCCAAAAAAGAGAGGACCGAAACCCAAGACAUUUCUGCUCAAGGCCCAGGCUAAAGUUAAAGCCAAGUCCUAUGAGUUCAGGAGUGACGCAGUGCGAGGGAUGCACAUCACCUACCCAACCCCAGAGCUGAUAGUCACCCCCAGAGCCAGAGAGGGUCUGAGGGCCGUUGUUCCCACCAUCUUCCCUCCCAGCACUGUCAACCGUGGGGAAAGUGUUCGUCACCGACCACCAGAACUUAGCAUCCGCGAGUACCAGCAGCCCUUCCUUCAGCAAACCAGCUCAGACGGACUCAUCCAUGCACCUAAAAAAAGAGGCCCAAAGCCUAAGCCCCGUUUCAAGGACGUCAGCUGCAGACCUUUGGCCCCUGAGCCACACAGGGGGAGAGCAGAGUCGCAGCUGGGCCAGUACAAGGUGCCAAAAUACCAGGGGGUGGAGGAGAUGAGGGUGGUCAGAGUCGCCCAUAGACAUCCAGAAAGUCAUAAACACCACCACCACCCCCACCACCAUCACCACACACACAACAUAGGAGCCUCAGGUGGAGGUUCCCACAAGCAGUUUUACGCAGACCGCGGCCUGCACCCACACAGAGUGGACAUGAACACACACGGGACUAAGGACAGCUCCAGCUACCUGGCUCCUGCACACUUCAAGCACCGGUCCAAAAUGAGCCAGAACCCGAGUCGCCCACUGGAGCUCCCACAGAUGGAGAAGCCCUACUUCUUAGACAGGCCGUCUCCCACCAGGCUCGACGCACAAGUGGAUGAGGUGACGUGGAAGCCCUCCCUCGGUAAUGUGGAGAAGGUUCUGGUGACCGACGUGACCACCAACUUCCUGACUGUCACUAUCAAAGAGAGCAGCACGUCCAAAGGCUUCUUCAAAGACAAAAGAUGAUCGCUGGAAUGAUUUUUCUCUACGCUUCGCUUUGCUUUCUCUGAUCUGCAUCAGAAUCAUUCAAAGUUUAUACAGAGUGUGAUCAUUAGGAAAAGCUGUUUUGUAUGAAAUGUAUAAAAGCUAAAUAUGUUAUGUGCAUUUGUAUAUAUUAUAAAGUGGGACGUCUGUUUAUUGUAUUGACCAAAUCAAACAUUUCACAUUUUGCAUUGGUUGAACAUGAAUGGGUUGCACAUUUUCUUUGCAGCACUUAGCUACUUUGUGUACAGAGCUUGUGAAUUUAACUAUUUUUUCAACUGCAACUAACUAGAAUGUAUUUUUGUCACUCAGAUAUCUUCCAGCCUGCGCUCAUCAUGCUAAGAAUAUGUGUGAAGUGAGGCCAGGCUUGAAUAUUAAAUUCAAUCUGUGUGUUGAAUAUUUAUCUAUAAAUUGAACCUAUUAGACUGAAGAGACCCUGUUUAAUUAUAGAAUGAUUAUUUAAAGAAUGGACUCAAGCACUUUGAAUUGGAAAGUAUUAUGAAGGAGGAAUCCAUUUGGGUUGCUGCGUUCAAAGACCGAAUUGGACUCCCGAGUUUGUUGCGUCUUUAACAUUUCUUAAGAGAAGAAUGAAUGAAUAAAUUCAUCAUGGAUACCGUGUUGGGAUAACUCUAACAUUCACCAAUAACAUAGUAGGCUAUAUUUUACAUUUUCAUAAAAAAAGUUCGCUCUAAUAAAUGGAGUUGGUGUCAAAUAGCUUUGUAGACGCUGUUGAAAUAAAUCCUUUGAAUAUUCUCA